CAGAGCAGCCUUUACAGCGAGGACAUCACAGCAGCAUUGCGAUGAUCACAAGGAUUACUUUGGAUCCGCGGUGGGAGCUCUGAAGAUAAUAGCCUGCAAAGGAUCAGACCGCUGACAAAGCUUACAUAUGCUGCCAGGUGUGUGCAUGGACUGUGGGCAGAAUGAGCAGCACAUUUGUUACUUUAGCUGAGGUACUGGAGGCGCGAGGGGGACCUCUGCUGGAGGAGGAGGUGUGGUCUUUGCUGCUGGGUGCUGCAGAGUGUUUAAUGGAUAUUUCAUAUAGGGGUCACAACAACAUGUGCAGUAUCAUCAGCCCAACCACGCUGCUGCUGUCAGCCACUGGAAGCUUAGCAUUUAAGAACUGUGGCCUGUCGGAUGAGGUUUCUACCUUUGCUGCUCCAGAGAUGCUGCAAGACCAAGCCAGCUCAACCAAACCUGCCACGGAUAGGAUGCUGGUGUAUUCUCUGGGAAUGACUCUCUACUGGUCAGUUGAUUUUCAGCUUUCUCAAAAUCAGCCUGUCCAGUUGAGUGACCAUCUGAACAGCCUCCUGCUCAGCAUGUGUGAGGACCUGGCCCACCGCAGGGUAAAUCUCAACUCCAUCCUGGAAGCCUGUGAAUCUCAGUUAAAAGCCUCCAUGCUGCUGCCCCCUGCCAAAAUCAUCAAACAGCUCGUGGAGGAGGUUUUCCAUGAAUCGAUGGACCAGAGCUCGCUGCCAGACAGCAGCGUUCCUCUAAGUGGAAGGAGCCAGAUGAUCAGAGAAAGACUUCAUGGAAAGCGAGGGCCGUUUUCAGACUUCAGCGAUGGUAGUGCUGAAGGGAGGAGGUACUCCACAGACUCGGAUUCAAAGUCAGGGAGUCUGCCUCAGAGACCUUGGAGGCAGAGACCGAGAAGCUCUCCCACAGUGCUGUACCAGUCAUCUUUAGAGAGACUCCAUCGUGGUGUCCAUCGCAGAGAUAGCAACAGCAGUUGGCUGGGAAGAAGCCCUCAUCACGAUUUCUCCCCCAAGAUAUCAGGCAGAUCUCACAGCCCGUCCAUCACCUUCAGUGAGUCCUCGCUCAGCCUGAGUCAGAGAAAAGCAAAGGCACUGGGUCCUGAGUUCAUAAGAAUGCCAGACGAACAGCAAAUCCUGCUUGAGCUUCCAGGAUCUAUUGUGUCCAGAAAGGGCCAUUCCAGUGCGUCUCAGAGAGAAGUGACUGUAGUGCUGCCUAACGGACAGUACAUGGUUGUGCGCUGUGACAUUAAAUCCAGAGCGAGAGAUGUGUUUGACAUGGUGGUGGCUCACGCAAACUUGGUGGAGCACUUUUACUUUGGUCUUUCCUUCCUAGAUGAUGAUGAAUACUUCUUCUUGGACCAUGAAACAAAAAUCUCCAAAGUUGCACCUGAUAGUUGGAAAAAAGGCCAAAUAUCUUCCUUUGUGGUGUUUCUCCGAGUCAAAUUUUUUGUUGAUGAUAUCUCCUUUAUUCUGCACAGACUGACUCGUCACCAGUAUUACUUACAGCUGCGUAAGGAUAUCCUAGAGGACAGACUUUACUGCAACGAGGAGACGGGCUUGUUCCUGGCUGCUCUUGCUCUUCAGGUCGAGUUUGGUGAUUACAUGCCAGAGUUGUAUGGGAAGAAUUAUUACCAGCCAGAGUACUAUGUGUCCAGAAGGAUGCUGGAGAAGCUUGCUGUGCCCAUCAUCAGGGAGGAGUUACCAAGGCUUCACGCAAGCCACGCCCAUUUAUUACCAGAAGAGGCAGAAAUUGAGUACUUAAAGAUUGUCCAACAGCUGCCAGAGUACGGAGUUAUGUUCCACCGAGUGGGACGAGAGAAAAGGCCGGUGAUUGGAGAGUUAAUUUUGGGAGUCUGUGCCAAGGGAACUAUUGUCUAUGAAAACAAGAACCACAUCAGAACCGUCACCAGGCGCUUCCUGUGGAGAGAGACUGACUCCAUAUCAACUGGGAGGCGUAAACUGGUUAUUGAAUGUGGUGGACCAAGUGGAAAAAAGCACAGUUUUGUGACAGAGAGCACAAAAAUAGCACAGUACCUCCUUAACCUCUGCUCAGCACAACACAAGUUUCACAGUGAGAUGACGUCACGGCAGCUGAACCACACCAUGAUACCUGAUGAAAACAUUUCUGCCUACAGAGCCCGCAGCAUGAGCCUGAAGAGAAUAUCUUGCUCUGAAGGCAUGUUGAACCACGUGGGUUUGGCACCGGGGCAGCGGGACUCCAUCUCCAAAUCCUGCGAAGAUCUAACGGCCAAGCUUGAAGCUCGGCUCCGGCAGCAGCGAGAGAUGAGGAGGGAAAUGAGCAGAGAGCUGAACAAGGAGGUGCCUGAAGCAGGAGACCUCAGGGAUGUGAAAGAGCGACCGUGUUGGAGUUCUCCAGGGACGAUUCCCAGAAUGAUGUCCACCGUCUCACUACAGAAGCAGGACUCUGAUUUCUCCUCCAUACGAGUUGACACACCAACCAAGAAUCCACCAGAAAGAGAGAUUGUCUGUGUUUCACUGAAAAAAGAUCCCAAAUUGGGUUUUGGGUUUGUUAUAGUGGGAGAGGACAGCACAGGAAAACUUGACCUGGGAAUCUUUAUUGCCUCUAUUGUGCCUGAUGGGCCUGCAGACAAAGAUGGACGAAUCAAACCUGGUGGGCGUCUCAUCUCCUUAAACAAGACCAGUUUGGAAGGCGUGACCUUCAGCGACGCUGCCGCCAUCCUCCAGAGCAGCCCAGACGAAGUGGAGCUCAUCGUGUCCCAGCCUAAACAGUCUCUGAAGGACAGACAGCGCUCUCUGAGUCAAAGUACUCUUGGAUUAUCAAUGGAGAAGAGCUUCGGAUCACAGACCACCUUGAGUGGCAUUGAGUUCCGUCCUGCUGUGGAGGAGCUGGAGGAGGCCAUCACACUGUCCAACAUGGCAACACCAAAACAAAAGAGGAAGCUCCACAUUCCUGUUGUCAGAAUACAGGAUGCCCAGGAUGUGCGUCCGAGAUCCCCGUCCAUCUUAAGCCUUAAAACAGGAGAGAGGUUUACAGUGGAGCUCAGGAAGAGCAGUGGUAGCCUUGGAAUCAGCGUUGCUGGUGGAAUAAACACUGGCGUGCGAUAUGGAGGGAUUUAUAUCAAGAGCCUGGUGCCAAGAGGUGCUGCUGAACAGGACGGGCGCAUUCAGAUCGGUGACAGACUGCUGGAGGUUGAUGGGUCCAACCUGAGGGGAGUGACUCACCAACAAGCUGUCGAGUGCCUGAAGAGGACCGGGGAGGUGGUGAACCUGCUGUUGGAGAGGGAGCCCACACUAGUCUUUGAGCCCAGAUCUGACUCACCCUGCCCUGUCUUGGUCCACAGUCCAUCACACAUGCAGCCCCCCAGGACUGAAGCCUCCAUGGAAACGACCUUGAGUAGUCGAGCCAGGGACUACAGCUUUGUCACUGAUGAUAACACUCAUGAAGUUGUCCUGAAGAAAAGCCUGUCUGGUCUCGGCUUCAGCUUCUACAUCUCACAGCUGUGUUCGGGAGCAGACCGCUGCAGCGUGGUCCGCAUCAAACGUCUGUUCCCGGGUCAGCCCGCUCAGGAAAGUGGCCUCCUGCGAGAGGGAGACGUUAUUCUGGCCGUCAACAAUGAACGGGUCAAAGAUCUCUCCUACCAGAGAGUUUUGUUCCUGCUCCGCGGAGCUCCAUCUACAGUUCAUCUGCUGAUCUGUCGACCCGUUGCUGGAGUGCUGUGCGAUGUCGAUGAUAACACAUUGAGUCUUGCAUCUGUGCGCGGGGUUCGAUCCCGCUCUCUGGACAUCCGGCUUGGUGAGGACUACAGCCGGUUCCUGAAGUCUCCAGAUGAUAACAUUGGACCUGCCCAAAUUGUUCCCCCCGUCAAGGACGAGGAUCUGACCACUGAGAAAAACCUGGAGUUUCCUCCUCCUCCUCCUCCUUUUCCUUCUCCACCUCCAGAGAGCCACCAAAGUUUUAGCAGUGAAGCUCAAGCCAAUAAAACGUUCCCAUCGCCUCCUCGAACGCCACCUUCACCUACAUCACCACCAUCUCCUCCAUCGCCAGUCUCCCCAGCCUCGCCGGCUUCACCUGCCUCACCUUCUUUACCCUCCUCACCUGUGUCUGCAUCUCCACCGGCUCCAACGGAGCAACAGUUGACUUCUGGGACGCAAAGGACCCAAAGUGACGAGGAAGCUGAAAGACGGAACAAGGCGGAGGUGGAGGAGGCUGCAACAACACUGAGCACCACAGUAAUGCUUAUGGAUAUUUCCCCCAAGACAGGCUCCAAACCUUUGUACACCAGUGGCGUCAGAGAGGAGGCAGAUGGAAGUGUGACCUACUGCCUUAUGGGGAAUGGACUGACCAUCAUGGAGGAUGAGGAGUACCUGACCAUCAGCUCCACACUGGAGCCUCCUCACAACGUUCCCACCAACAUCACACCAGAAAGCAACCUCUCAGACCUCAGCUCACAGAUCCCUCGUGCUUUUCAGAACCCGAACCUCAGCCCCCACAUUACUGCCUCACCCCUCAGCUUCUCAACUGACACCCCCACCACCUGCUCGCUGUCUCACCCGUCUCAGCCCCUCACCACACAACCUCCAAAAGCCAAGGACCAUCCCAUCCAACAGGGGCUUCUUCCGAGCCAAUAUAAAGCUGCUUCCAAAAACAUCAGGCCCACCGUACCCCCACCUCAGCCACCGCCGACCCCCAUCACAGCCCAGAUUAUUGCCUCUGUGCCUCCCUGUGCCGGUACGCCUGCACCAAUGCUGCUGUCCGCAGCACCGCUGUCUCCCGGGCUGAUCCAGCCGAGAGAGGAACCAGAGAGGAGAAGAAGGGAAUACAAGGAUGAUAAUGAGGAGGAACUGGACGAAGAGGAGGAGGAGAGUCGGAGAAAGGGCAUUGUAAAAGAGUUUGAACUUUCCGUGGUUUUGACCAAGUCCAGAAGUGGAAGUUUUGGUUUUACGAUCACUCGGAGCAAACUGGACAACUGCUACUACAUACAAGAAAUACUGGACAACCCAGCCAAGGCAGACGGACGCCUCAGGGCAGGAGACCGGCUCGUCACAGUAAAUGGCCAUAAUGUCACAAGUGUGACAGAUGAUGUUGCCAUGACGAUUCUCAGGUCAUCUCCAAGAAGAUUGAGCAUGACUUUGGGGAGAGCUGUUAGCAACCUGGUGGCGCCGCCUCCCUGCGACAGCCUGCCUGAUGUUGUCCUCCACAAAACGCCUUCAGGACAGCUGGGAAUAAAACUGACAGGUGGCAUAGGCAGCAAAUGGCAGGGAAUCUACUGUUUGGAGGUGGUGCCAGGCUCUCCAGCCAGCGAGGAGGGCAGUGUCCAACCCAACGACAAAAUCCUGUACAUCUGCGGCAGGUGCACCCUGGGCAUGACCUUAGAGGAUGCAGUCAAAGCCUGUGAGAUUGCCCCUCGAAAAGUCAAACUGAAAGUCAUCAGAGAGGAACAGCCCGUAACUCCUAAGGCUAAGUGGAACGUAGGCCUGUUUGACUGGAAAAGAGACAGGAAGUUUUUUGCUCGUUUUGAAGAGCCUGUCCCUCCAGAGAGAGAGUUUCCCACUGAAGAUACUGAAGCUGCAUCUAGGAGCACAAAGAAGUAUCGAUGCCUCUCUCUCGUCCAAGAGAAAGAUAGUUGCAUCAUGCAAGUGGAGUUCAAAAAACCAGAGGGUGGGGGCCUUGGCUUUGCUUUGGUGGGGGGAACCAAUGGCAGCAUGCUGAGAGUGAAAGAAAUCUGCUCUGGUGGAGCAGCCGAGCAGGACGGACGACUAAAAGUGGGCGAUAUUCUUCUGGAGGUGAAUGGGGUCAUUGUGUCUGGGCUGAGUCAUGGGAAGGUGGUGGACAUCUUGAGAAAGGCCGAGGGGGCCGUUCAACUCACCAUCUGCAGGGAUAUCCUCCCACUCACCUACUCAGAGUCACCAACACCGCCCAACAUGUCUGCUCACCCCGAAGUCUUUCAAACGGAGAUCAAGACGUCCGUGUCCAGUCCUGAUCCCUGCUGCACACCUGUCGCACUGAGCAGACCAGUCGAACGCCCCCCAGAGCCAACCCCAGACCCAGUGCUUAUCGAAGCAGAGGUCAUCCUAACCCCACCCCCACCCCCUCCUCACAGGCUCACCGUAGUAACAGAUGAAGCUUCAGUUGAAGAGAAGAGUUGCAACAACACACCUUCUCAUCAAGCUUGCUGCCCAUCCCUCAAUGUCACUGACAUGUUGCAUGGAGCCUCUGACAGGACACAGAUUGUGACCAAACUUUUGGAUCAGUCUUGUAAAGACAUCCACAAAGCUCAGUCAGAUAGCUGGAGCAGCGAGGAUGAUGACGUGUUUGACGCAACAUGCCAGGAAGUGUCUUCUUCACAAACAGGUCCACCGCUGGUCACACAGGAGGAGCUGGCCAGCCUGGCACUCAUCACACCUGCCAAGACCAGCCAGUAUUCAGGUUCCAGGGUCAAAGCUCUCAUCCAGAUUCUGCAGCAUCAGCUGGACCAGCAAGAACUGGUCAAAGAGUUCAUGGCCUUGGAGCAUCUUAAACCUUCUGAUGAUUGUCUGGUGGGAAAAGCCCCUGAGAACAGAGAAAAGAACCGCUACAGAGACAUUCUACCCUAUGAUAAAACGCGUGUUGCACUUGGAGAGAACCAGGACUACAUCAACGCAAGCUACAUCCGCAUGAAAGUUGGAGCAGAGGAGUUCUUUUACAUCUCCUGCCAGGGGCCUCUGCCUUCCACGGUGCCCGCCUUCUGGCAAAUGGUCUGGGAAAAUAAAUCGGACGUCAUUGCCAUGAUGACCCAGGAGCUGGAACGGGGAAGGAUCAAAUGUCACAAGUACUGGCCUGAAAAGCAAGAUGUGCCUUUGGACACGGGCAAGUACCGGCUCCACCUGGAGAACCAACAGUACCUGGAAUACUUCCACAUUAAAGUCAUCCGCAUUGUGGAGGCAGAGACGGGCGAGACACACUUUGUUCAUCACCUCAAGUUCACACACUGGCCUGACCACGGCGUGCCACACUGCUCUGAAGAGCUUGUGCGCUUCAUCCGCUACAUGAGAGCGCUGCAUCACAGGGGGCCAAUCACCGUCCACUGCAGCGCCGGCAUCGGGCGCACGGGAGUCCUCAUCUGCACUGACAUCAUCCUGAACCUCAUUGAGAAAGACCUGAAUAUUAAUGUGAGUGACAUCGUGAAAGAAAUGAGACUUCAGCGGCACGGUAUGAUACAAACUAAGGAACAGUACCUCUUCUGCUACAAAGUCUGGUUGGAGGUUUUACAGGGAAUUUUACAGCUUCAAGGCAACCAGUGGCAGCCAGAAAGCCCUAGGGAUCACAAAGUAGUUUGACUGUUACCAUCUACAGCUCAGCGAUACAUUUUCAAACAAAUAGAAAUUAAUUUUCUCUUUGGCUGGUGUUCAUUUAGUCAGACAAAAUGAACUCUCCUACUAUUUUCAUUUUUUUUUUUUUGCAUUUUGUUUUGGAUCUCUGUGCUUUGAGUUAGAUCACUGAGAUUGUUUUGCCUUUCCAUCUUUAGUCAGGUUUUUGCCUUUUGUUUGAACGUUUUCAUAAUUUUGUGUUUUUGUCUUUUAAUUUGGAAAUCACAAGAGUUUUAUAAUCACCUGCAUGGAAUUCAAAACCUGGUCAUCUUCUUGUUGUUUGCUCAUCUAAGUGCACAAGUGAAAGCUCUUCACACCAAAGGUUGUGUUCCUUUCACACCUUGACGUGUAACAUUUGAUUAUGCAAAAUUUUUUUAAGUGCAUUUGCACCCUGGAAAAGGGAGAGCUGGCUAAAGAACAAAGAGGAUUUUUCCAUUCGUCAUCUGAAGAAGUGAAAAGAAUCAAGUGCCUUGGAAAGACCACUUCCUUCACAGCGACCCCAGGCACUCGCUGUGAGCGGUCCGAAAGCAGGAAACUGAUGUCGGAGCAGCUGAUGAUGUUCGGACCGAAUCUCAAACCAUCAGUGGUUUGAUGUGAACUUUUGAUCGAACCAAACCAGAGGAGGCUUACGUCAUACAUUUCAGUUCGCGGUCCAACUAUAAUGUAAAAGUUUGCUCAUCGCCUUUCGUUUUCUUUGUGUGCUUAUUUUAUUAAAAAAGAGGUUGUAAAAUGUUAAUCCCUACUUUAAAAACUCUAACAGAGACAAAUAAUGCUUUCACAUAACAAAUGUUUGAUUUGAUUAAUUAUUUUUUAAGUUUAUCUUCUGGGGGAAAAAUUGGACAAAAUUUCAUAUUUUCUUUAGUAAACAUCAAAAAAAGUAGUCUGGGUAGAAAGUUAUUUGUUAUGUGACAACAUGUUUUCUCACUACCCCUCAGUUAUUUUAAUACAAACUCAGCCAAAAAUGCAAAAAAAUUAUAAAAACUUAUGAGGUUUACAAACUUUCCAUUUUACUACUUUCUAUACAAAGCUACAUUUUGGAGUGACAGAUCAAAUUUAAAGCUGCAGGGCUGAACCUCAGCUUUGGAUGUCACUGCUUGUAAGCUUUGUGAAACAGCUGCUAACAAACACACACCAGCUUCUUUAUUGCAUGUGGACUCAACAAGUACCAACCUCCCUAGCCUGCAGUUUGACUGACUUACUUGAACAUGAUAAAAAAAAAAGUGGAACGUGACGAUAAAUCUCUUCGAAGAGAAUGUCAGAAUGUAACUAAAUCUUCCAAAGCGUUUGGGGCAUCUUGGGAAAGACAUGCAGUACUGUACCUUUGCCAUGCGGGUGGCUGUGCAGAGCCGUCAGCGUCUGUACCGUGUAUGCGACAACUCUUCACUCGGUUCAGCUUUCCAGCAUCUGCUGUGUGCUGCUCCUCUUAGAUCGUGUUGUUUUUCACCUCACGUAUCAGAAGGAAAGGCCCUUAUAUCUGAACAUGCAUCUUGUACAGUCAAGAAAGUGCUUAUGCAAUAGCAUUGUGAAAUGUAUUAAUCUUUGAUUGCACACCUGCUUCUUAAUGCUGAGUUACUGUCUUGUCCUUGUAUCAGCCACUAUGUAACCGAAAACAGAGAACAAUGUAAUACCUCUCUCUUUAAUUAAAAUCCGAAUCUCGUUG